AUGAGGGUGAGUCGACAACGAAUCCAGCAGAGAAUCCAGGACGGAGAGAAAGAUGUGAAGCUGCUUCAACAGGAGGUGGAGGCCAUCAAUGGCUCCGCUGAUAAAGCAGUGGAGGACAGUGAGAAGAUCUUCACUGAGCUGAUCCGUCUCAUCCAGAAAAGAAGCUCUGAUGUGAAGCAGCAGAUCAGAUCCCAGCAGGAAACUGAAGUGAGUCGAGUCAAAGAGCUUCAGGAGAAGCUGGAGCAGGAGAUCACUGAGCUGAAGAGGAAAGACGGCGAGCUGGAGCAGCUCUCACACACAGAGGAUCACAACCAGUUUCUACACAACUACCCCUCACUGUCAGCACUCAGUGAGUCUACACACUCAUCCAGCAUCAAUAUUCGUCCUCUCAGAUACUUUGAGGAUGUGACAGCAGCUGUGUCAGAGACCAGAGAUAAACUACAGGACAUCCUGACAGAGAAAUGGACAAACGUCUCACUGGCAGCCACUGAUGUGGACGUUUCACUACCUAAACCAAAACCAAAACCAGAACCAAAGAGCAGAGAUGACUUCCUAAAAUAUUCAAGACAAAUCACACUGGAUCCAAACACAGCACACACACUCCUGUCAUUAUCUGAGGGAAACAGAAAAGCAACAGUAACAAAUGAAGAACAGUCUUUUUCUAGUCAUCCAGACAGAUUCACUCAUUGGUGGGAGGUCCUGAGCAGAGAGAGUCUGACUGGACGUUGUUACUGGGAGGUGGAGUGGAGAGGAGGAGGAGUUUAUGUAGCAGUCGCCUACAAGAACAUCAGGAGAGCAGGAGAUUCAGAUGAAUGUAAAUUGGGAUUUAAUAACAAAUCUUGGUCAUUACGUUGUGAGAAAAACAGUUACACAUUUUAUCACAAUGAAAUUCAAACUCCAGUCUCAGGUCCUCCUUCCUCCAGAAUAGGAGUGUAUCUGGACCACAGAGCAGGUAUUCUGUCUUUCUACAGCGUCUCUAAAACCAGGACUCUCCUCCACAGAGUCCAGACCACAUUCACUCAGCCGCUCUAUGCUGGACUUCGGUUUUUUAACUACUAUUUUAAAGAUCCUUAUGGCAACUUUGCUGAGUUUAUUUAACCAAAAUAAACAGAAGUCAUUUAAGGUCAGAUGGUUAAAAUGUGUAUUUUAGUUUCCAGUUUAUUUAUCUCCAUCAUUGUUGAGUCAUUUCUUCAGCUGUCAAUCACACUUUCUGGGUGGUUCUCUGACAUCUUCUUGUUUGUUGUUUUGUUGAUGUUUGGGUUUGUUUGGGUGGAGCUCCUUCCUGUGUCUGUUCAGCCAUGGAGGCUAUCACUGCUCAUGAGCAUUUUAUUCACCUAAACUAAUUCCAUUUAGAUUUAUUGGUUUGUCAGAGCAAAUGUUGUUGUUCUAAUGGAUGUACAGAUGAGGUGAUGUAAACAGUAAAGAUCAUGAUCAUCAUCAAUCAGGACAUCAGUCAUUAUUUUACUGAUUAAUGUGACAAACUGAUGAUUUACAUGAUCAAUAAAGAUGAAAAGGUGGUGGUUUAA